AUGUCAAUUUUUUUAACAUCGUUAUCACGGGACUUUUCCAACAUUCUGGGUGAUUCAGAUGAAUAUAAUGUUUUAAUUAAAGUUGGUUCGGACGAAAAUAAUGAAGAAACUUUUCAAGCUCACUCACUUGUAUUAAAAGCAAGGUUUAUGUAUACAGGAAUUAUAGAAAUGGAACAACAGAAAGGAAAAGAUUUAUUAAAAUUAUUGGUAGCAGCCGACGAACUUUUGCUUAAUGAACUACAUGAAACAAUUCAAGAUUAUUUUCUUAUACAUAAAACCGAUUGGAUACAACAAAAUUUCGCUCUUGUUCAUAAAACGGUAUUUCAAUUAGAAUUAUCUAAAGAACUACAAGAAUUUUGUUUGAUAAUAAUCUGUGAAGAACCGCAAUUAAUAUUCAAAUCAAAGGAUUUUACAAAUCUUGAAGAAGAAACAUUAAUCUCAUUAUUAGGAAGAAGUGAUAUGAAUAUGGAAGAAGUUGUUAUUUGGGAUCAUGUAUUAGAAUGGGGUAUAGCUCAAAAUCCCGAACUCACAAUUGAUAUUUCAAAAUGGAAAAAUGAAGAUUUUGCUUUACUUAAAGAAACUCUUGAGAAUUUAAUUCCUUAUAUAAGAUUUUUUAUAAUGAAUUCCGCGGAAUUUUAUAACAAAGUUCGUCCUUUUAAGAAAAUACUUCCAAAAGAUUUGUACGAAGAUUUAAAAAGAUUUCAUUUAAAAACCGGAUUACAACUUAAAUCCGAAUAUUUACAAACCCAAAGAUAUGUUGGAGUUAAAUCAACCAUAAUUGAUCAAAAUCAUGCCGCAAUGUUAUGUUCUUGGAUUGAUGGUGUUGGUUUUAACAUUUAUUACAAGAAAAAUUUAUCGGCAAAAAUUAGUCGCGUAUCAAAUAAUUGUUCUGCUUAUGCUAUAAGUGAUUCUCAAUCGAAAGGACCAUGUUUUGGAGAUGGUGACUUGUGGAUGAAGGAUCAAUUUAAUCAAGCUGGAAGUUGUUAUUGUAAUAAAGAAUCUUAUGAACAGUCGGUUGGUGAUAUGUUUCAUAGAGAUUCUUGGGAAGGAUGGACCGGUAAAAAUGGUACUUUUGCUGUUGAUGAUUAUGAAGUUUUCCAAGUUAUAAGAAAACGAAUUAUUAAUAAUUAA